AUGUCUAAACUCGGGAACCGUGCCGACUGGGCCGAUGACGAGGAAUUCGAUGACCCCUCCGCGCUCCCCGCGCAACAAGUGAUCAGCAACAAAGAUGGCACCAAGACCGUCAUCUCCUACCGCUUCAACGAUGACAACAAGAAAGUGAAGGUUACCCGCCGCAUCAAGACCUCCGUGGUCCGCGAACACGUCAACCCUCAGGUCGCCGAGCGCCGCUCGUGGCCCAAGUUCGGUCUCGAGAAGGGCCACCCUCCCGGUCCUACAUUCGAUACUACCUCCGUCGGCGAGAACAUUGUCUUCCGCCCCAGCAUCAACUGGAAGGCUCAGGCCAAGGAGGCCGAGAAGGAUGGCGGUGAGAAGGGCAGCAUGAAGGAUCAGCUCAAGGACAAGAAGGUUAAGUGUCGUAUUUGUUCCGGAGAGCAUUUCACAGCUCGCUGUCCCUUCAAGGACACCAUGGCACCUGUCGAGGAGCCCACUGCUGGUGGCGAGGGCGUUACUGAGGAAGACAAGGCCGGCUCGCUCGGUACUGGCUCUGGAGGCUACGUGCCGCCUCACCUGCGGAAGGGCGGUGCUGCUGCUGGCGAGAAGAUGGGUGGUCGUUUCGAGAAGGACGAUCUUGCGACUCUGCGUGUCACAAAUGUCAGCGAGUUGGCAGAGGAACAAGAGAUGCGGGAUCUCUUCGAGCGGUUCGGUCGUGUCACCAGAGUUUUCCUUGCCCGGGACAGAGAGACCCAGAGGGCCAAGGGUUUCGCUUUCAUCUCCUACGCCGAUCGGGCGGACGCACAGCUUGCUUGCGACAAAAUGGACGGCUUCGGUUACCGCCACCUUAUCUUGCGUGUGGAGUUCGCGAAGCGCACUUGA